AUGCCCGAUUCAAUUGAUAUUUUAUUUAAAUUUGAUUAUUGGGGCAGUUUAUUACUUGGUUAUCCUCUAAACAUUAUUCUGAUUAGUUUAAUUAUUUUUAAAACACCAAAAGAAAUGGAAACACACAGCAGAAUUCUGAUACAAAAUUGUGUUUUGGAUAUUUUAAUAUUGACUGUUCAAAUGUUUGUACAGAUGGUAAAACUUUUAGAAAAUCAGAAUUAA